AUGGCCUUGGUGCACCCCCACAAUCCCCAACUUGUCAUGGACGUGUUGAUGAAGGACCUGUCCGAUUGGGCCGAGGCGAUGGUCGCCAAUGCCCCUGAAGUUAGCGCUCAGUUGCCCCCCAAUUCCGUCAAGUUCUUAUGGGUCGACCGUCAAAAGCGCCCAACUCCUCAUCCAUUGGAGGCCCCACCCGGCAAGCGGAACACGGGCCCUGAUUUUACCACCCCUCCGAACAGACCUACACCGGCCAGCGAGAAUCACCCACCGUCUGAGGUCAGCGAAGAUGACGACAUAGAAGUCAUACCAAUAUCGUCUGGGGCCACGAACCAUGCAACUCCAGCCGCCUCCUCAAUCCCAACUCAACCGGUGCCUCCAGCGUCGCCGGAGUUAGAAAGCCAUGACAUGGAGACUUAUCUCCAUGUUGCACACAUUCCACCGAACGACAAGCUCACUCGCGCUCAAUUGUUGACUCACGGGAUAGUUCAUUGGUCAUUCUUCAGAGCAUCGUCCGAGAAUGAAUUAAUAGGGCUCGGAUUCCCUAUUGGCAUCGCGCGUUUGCUCAUCGAGGGAGCCAUUGAGGGAGCCGGCCGACUCGCUAGGUACGAUCACAACGAAGGAGCUUAUACUGGAGGGAUGACUCCCUCUCCUUCCCCGGUGGUUUGA